AGCAUUUGGCUCAGCGAGCGCAUCGGGCUUCCGCGAUAUACAAAACAAACGAAAGCCAAGGGGCACAAUGGUCCGCUCCACUCGCUCCGGGGUUUUGCUCGCCGGAGCCGCGGCCGGCGCGGCCUGCUUCGCGGUGACUGGCACCCCCACCGCUCCUGCGCAGGAGCUGCGUCAGAGCUCUCUCCGCGGACGCGCGGAAGGCUCUUCCGGGGGCUCUUCCGCGGCCAUUGCCGGGAGCGGCCUGGUGCUCGCGGCCGUGGCCGCCGGCUCCCGGCGCCGGGAGCGCGCCGGCGCCGUGGUGCGCCACGCCAAGCCCCACGUGAACAUCGGCACCAUUGGCCACGUUGACCAUGGCAAGACCACCCUCUCGGCGGCCAUCUCGCUGGUUUGCGGCCAGUUCAGCACCUCCACAGACACCAAGCAGAAGUCCUAUGAGGAGAUCGACAACGCUCCGGAGGAGCGGAAUCGUGGAAUCACCAUCAACGCCUCGCACAUUGAGUACGAGACAGAGAACAGGCACUACUGCCACGUGGACUGCCCUGGCCACGCGGAUUACGUGAAGAACAUGAUCACAGGAGCCUGCCAGAUGGACGGCGGCAUCCUGGUGAUUUCUUCCCCCGAUGGCCCCAUGGCGCAGACGCGGGAGCACAUCCUGCUGUCCAAGCAGGUGGGCGUGCCGAAGCUAGUGUGCUUCAUGAACAAGGUGGACAUGAUGGAUGACGAGGAGCUUCUGGAACUCGUGGAGCUGGAGACACGUGAGAUGCUUAGCCAGUAUGGCUUCGACGGCGAUGACACGCCAUUCAUCCAAGGAUCUGCUUUGCAGGCGCUGGAGGCUAUGAAGGCCGACUCUGCGACCAAGAAGGGUGACAACAAGUGGGUGGACAAGAUCCUGGAGCUGAUGGAGACCGUGGAUGACUAUAUCCCCACGCCGGAGCGCGACACUGACAAGCCCUUCCUGCUGGCAGUGGAAGACGUGUUCUCGAUCUCAGGCCGAGGUACAGUUUGCACUGGCAGAGUGGAGCAGGGUAUCGUGAAGAAGGGCGACGAGGUCGAGAUUUUGGGCCGCGGCAAGAAGCCGCAGAAGUCUGUGAUCACAGGCAUCAAGAUGUUCAACACCGAGCUGCCUGAGGGUCCUGCCGGCUACACCGUCGGCGUGCUGUGCCGUGGCAUUGACAAGGAUUCGGUGUUCCGCGGUCAGGUGAUUUGCGCUCCUGGCGCCACCAAGACCCACACCAAGUUCAAGGCCAACAUCUACUUCGCCAAGAAGGAUGAGGGCGGCCGCACCAACCCGGUGAUGCCGGGCUACAUGCCUGUCUUCUACUUCCGCACUUGCGACGUCACUGGCUCCAUUACCAGCAUGACCAGCUCUGAUGGCAACGAGGUGCAGAUGGCCAUGCCAGGCGAUGACGUGACCUGCGAGUGCGAGCUCAUUGCGGCCACCCCCAUCGAGAAGGGCAUGCGCUUUGCCAUGCGGGAGGGCGGCAAGACCAUCGGCCAGGGCCUGAUCACCGAGGCAAAGUAGGAAUUCUGCUGAGUGGAUUCGCUCACUUCGCCGGUACCCGUGGGAUUUUCGCAGAACACUGCAGCGUUUAGACUGUAGCUGCCGACUGGCCGAGUUCUUCUCAAUAGGCGAA